GUUUCAACAGAGGCAAGACGGUCAUAUUGUUGAGGAUACAGAGUUUUCUUACUUAUCCUAUACGUAGAAGCAUCAUGCCUUGUGAAGAUGAGGAGAGUCUGAGUCAGCUGGAAGAACAAGAGCAGGAAUUGAUCAACGCAAACAGAGUGUUACAAAGCUGGAAGGAUAAGAACAUUCCACAUGACAGCAGGAAAACAGAUGAAGAGAAACGAGUUGAAAUGGAAAACUUGAAACAGCAGAUUGACAUGCUACGAGAAUUAGGACCAUUUAAGUUUUUUGGUAUAUCAAAAGAGGUAUUGUCCAAAGAGGAGGGCACCAUAUGCACAAGAAAGACAGUUGAGGGAAAGUGUAGAAAUGUGGAGUUUCAACUAAAAUACUGCAUUACUGAAUCUCUGGUCAAGGACAUGAACAAACAGAUCGUGAAACUGUCAAUAGCGGCCUCUGAGAACAUCACAACGGAACUUCGCGGAACGAUAGAGAGACUUGCAGACACGGGUGAUAUUCAAGGUUUCUUACAGCUGAUUGAUGGCUACACAAAGUGGACGGAAGCAAGAAGGAAGACAUUUCACCAUUUUGUAGAGGCCCAUCCAGGCACUGUUUCACAAAUCGAUGGAAAUACUCUUCAUAUUGCAUCCAAAAAAGGUACGGUUGUACUGGGCUGGGGGGUAAAGAUACAAGGAAGAAGCACAGUCGUUCCCGAGAUACAUCUGUGCCUCGACAUUCAUGCACCAGUUUCAAAAGACAACAAGAAUUUCAUAGAGGAUGCCGAUGAGAAGUUCCAGCUGAUGUUGAAUGAACUUGGAAUAGAGAAAUCAAUCAGAUGUCUCGUAGAAGUCGCUUGAAUAAUCAAAAAACCAUGGACAUUCUAUUCACUUUAUGAACAUUUUGCUGAUUUAUCACAUGACUGCAGACAUUUAUUGACAUUAUUAACCUUUUGCUGAUUUAUCACAUGACUGCAGACAUUUAUUGACAUUAUUAACAUUUUGCUGAUUUAUCACAUGACUGCAGACAUUUAUUGACAUUAUGAACAUUUUGCUGAUUUAUCACAUAACUGCAGACAUUUAUUGACAUUAUUAACAAUUUGCUGAUUUAUCACAUGACUGCAGACAUUUAUUGACAUUAUUAACAUUUUGCUGAUUUAUCACAUGACUGCAGACAUUUAUUGACAUUAUUAACAUUUUGCUGAUUUAUCACAUGACUGCAGACAAUUAUUGACAUUAUUAACAUUUUGCUGAUUUAUCACAUGACUGCAGACAUUUAUUGACAUUAUGAACAUUUUGCUGAUUUAUCACAUGACUGCAGACAUGUAUUGACAUUAUUAACAUUUUGCUGAUUUUUGUCAUGUGACUGCGGACAUUUUAUUGACAUUAGAAUCCAUACAUGCCAUAUUUCUGAGAGGCUUCCCAGGGGAUUUUGGUCUGAAUUCCAGGGGAUUUUGAUAUUACACCAGGGGAUUUUUACGCGAUGAAAAUUUGCGCAAUAUCUGCAUUUAUAAUAUAAGAAUGAAUACAGAAAUACACUCAAAUUACAAUAAUUUUUGGACUUAGUCAUCAUGGUCCUUCAUGGAAUUUCACACUCAUAAAAAUAUUGAUGCUUUCCACUGUCAACCUUAAGCAAGUUUUGAAAAAAAAAAAAAAAAUAUUUUUUUUAAUUCCAGGGGAUAUGGAUCCCCGGCGGGGAACCAGGGGAUGGGAAGAAAUUCCGGGGGAUUUUUCCCCCCUCCGGGGGAUAUGGCAUGUAUGAUAGAAUAGAAACUUAUUGCUUAUUUUUUAUCAGUAUGCUGACAUUCCUUUCAAAAUGACUUCAUUUUUCUGUCAAUUUUUACUCUUUUUUUUUUCAAAAAGUGAAAGUUUAGACAUUGUCAAACCAUUGGUGUUAUCAUCAUUGCUUUCGUAAAAUGUUUCCUUGGGCAUAUUUUAAUUAACACUCAAAGUAUUGAAAUAAAACUUUGUACACAUGAUACAGGAGACAAUAUGUACAUGCACGACUGAAGACCAAGGCCCAUAACUCUGGCAUUGAUUUUUAAAUUAUUUCCCUUCUUCAACUAACAAUAAAAACAGGCGAGCGAUGAUACUUGCUCUGCGGCACUCUUGUGUUUCAGUAUGAUGAUUGAUAUUUCAAGUUACCUCAAAUUAUGUUGAGUAUCUACUGAUUUCUUCACUCUCUUUUUUUCUAGUCAUACGAGGUUAAAAUAAAUUGUUUUGGAAGCUCA